GUCCAUAAUGAGACUCUUUAAAGCUGCUGCUCCAUACAGCAUAUUAAUUUAGUCGCAGAGAACUGGACUUUGGAAAUACGCAGUACUUUUGACACAAGUGACGCGGCUGCAUUUCGGCGUUUCCAUCCAUUUUUGUGGACUUACUUUCACUUUGAUCGCAAACGUUAAGGAAACAUCAUGCUGCUCCUCUUACUGGGAAUCGUCGUCUUGCAUGUGGCAGCACUGGUUCUGCUCUUCGUGUCAACUAUAGUCAGUGCAUGGGCUGUUAACCCCAGCAGCAGUUCAGACCUCUGGACAAACUGCACCACAUUGAAUGGAGCGUCCAAAUGUGACCCUGCUGACACUGGAGUUUGGAUCCAGGCAGUCCAAGCUCUCAUGAUCCUGUCAAUCAUCUUCAGCUUCCUGUCUCUCUUCCUGUUCUUCUGCCAGCUCUUUACUCUCCAGAAGGGUGGACGCUUCUUCCUCACUGGAGCAUUCCAGAUCUUUGCUAGUCUUUUCGUUAUGAGUGGAGCUAUCAUUUAUACGGUAAUGAACUCCGAAUGGGUCCCUGAGUCAGAGUCCUUCGGCUUUUCCUUCAUCCUGGCCUGGGUAGCCUUCCCUCUGGCGUUCAUAAGCGGCUUAAUCUACGUCAUCUUGAGAAAACGAGAGUGAGGUGGCACCACUCUCUUGCGGCCGCCACCUGGAAAUACAGCUUUGAAGCCAAAGUAUCACACUGCAUCCACAGAGAAGUGAAAUCACGCAGUAUCUUCACCCAGGGGGUCAGUCAAAAUCAACCCCGUUGCCACCCCGAAAAGACAUAUUCAAUACUGUCAUCAUUUGAAGAUGUGUAUAUAGUAUCUUUGGUUUAAAACCUAUUUAUAACACUUUUUACAUAUAUGUACAUAGUAUUUUAUGUUUGCUCUGUUGACAAAGAACCUCUGAGAGCUUUUCUUUUAGCUAAUUAAGUGCCUAGAGUGUGUUUGUCUCAGAUAUGUCCAUCAUUAGCCAUAAUGUGUGUUUGUGUCAAUUUUUCUUUGCUCAUAAGGCCAAAAAUACUUAUAAAAAGGUUUUGGAUGUAUUUUAACCGAAGUGCAUGUAUUAAAUUAUAGGGACAAUGAAAGGAAGCGUUUUCAGUGAAGCUGCAUUGAGAAUUUAGAGAUGAAGUAACUUAAAACACCAUCGUAAGAUCGGCAGUUUUGAAAGUUUUUUUUUUUUUUUUAAUAGUUUUUGUUUUCCAACAAAAAAUGGUGCUAUGUAUUUACCAUUCCUUUAACUAAUAGCCAUUUAGACUUUAUUUAGAAGGACAUAACAUGACUGAAAGCCAAAAUCAGAACGACAUUGAAUAGUUUGUGCUUGUGCCUAUAACACAAUGCUGUAUAUACAGUAAUCACUGAAAAAAGGUUCAUUUUAUAAUAAAACAAACAAAAUGUGUUCUGAGUAGCAUGUGGUUAUUAGUUUAGAUUUGGGAGAUUGCGAUGGAGGAAACAGAGACGAGGAAUUAUUGAUUUUAGUUGGAUUUUAAAGUUACUUUUAAGAGCAGUAUUAGCAGCAGGAUUUGAGAAAGGCAGUAAUUCAUUCACUCGGUUGAAUAAAUGUCGCUAAUAUAAUCCAAAUACAAUUCAAAUAUAAUGUUUGAUGGAUUUGGUCACUUGUUAGCUGAUCGGGGCAUUUAAAUAAUUAAACAGUUGAGGCGAACGCCCUGCGUAUUCAAAUCAGACAAGCAUAUAAAAAUAUAAAGUAAACAUGAAAUAAAGGUAUAGUUUUUUUCCAAGUAUCAAAAUGACAGCUUACAAUCCUCUAUAUACACAAUAUAUCCAGAAAAACAUAUUUAAAAGCAUCCAAGUGUUGUGUAAAAAUGUGUUGUGAACUGACCACUGAUAACAUGAUGGUGGACGCAUCAUAACAACUGCAUGCAUGGAAAGAUUUUUCAAUACUUGAAACAUAACAUGCUGCAAUGUCUACCAUUUUUGAGAUGCUCCGUUUCUACUCACAUAACUCACAGUAAUUUACAAUGUACUGUAAUAGCAUGUGAUUGUAUUAAAAGAGAAACGUAUUACUUACAAUUAAAGGCCCUAUUCUGAGGACCAUGUAUUAGAUUGCUUCUCCUGCAACUCCAAAAACAAUAAAUGAUGUUUUGUUAUGAUGAACUGAUCACGUUGCCUGUUUUCAUGGUUGUAAUGGCCUGAUGAAUGCCUGACUAAAUCCCCUUCUGCUUGUUUUUUUUCUGUGACUGAACAAACAACUUCAAUUAUUCAUUUUACCUGCAAUCAAACAGUUUAUGAUACUUUUUCUUUCUUGUGUGUAAAGGGAUUUCUGUAUGUAGCGAUUGAUAGUCCUCUUAAAAAUAUUAAUAUUUAAUCAAUAUGUGGUCUAUUCUGACAUGGGACCAGCACUAGAAAAAUGUUGUAUGUGCUCAUUUCCCUACAUUGUAAUACUUUAGACUGCAGUCGUUACUUGACAACGUAAGGCUAAAACCUGACAUAACCCCCGAAUCGUGUUGUGUUCAUUUGAUCUGGCUAAACAGUUGUAUACAGUGUAAUAUUUGUAUUUAAUUGAAUGUUGUGGUGCUCCUUCUGAAAACAGCUGUACUGUAAGACGUGUCUGAAGGAGUGUGAGCUCUGAUGAAGACUGUUCAUUCACAAGAACCCAACUCUGUGACUCUGACUCGCCUCUUUUACGAAAGCUUGUGUUUGUGUGUUUAUUAAAAGCUAUUAAAAAGAAAUACUGCUUGCCAGAAAA